UAGAAGCAGACCAUGAAUUUUCCAGUAAUGAAUAACAUCUUGGAGCGCUGCUAGAGGCAUUCAUUACCACUCUCCUGCGACUCUUCAUCUGAGAUCACUGCAGAAUCUGCAAACACCCAGCCAUGUCUAAGCUGGAGAAGGCCAUUAUUGCUAUAGUGGAGAUAUUUGAGGAGUACACUGGAACAGACAGUGAUAAGCAGCUGAGCAAUGCAGAGCUCAGUGCUCUGAUAAUGAGUCAACUGAGGAGCCCUGAGUUCCAGGGUAAAGUAGACCAAGAGGAUAUCUGUGAAGCCCUGCAAAAAAUGGACAAGAGCCAUGAUGGCCAUGUGAACUUCAAUGAAUUUAGUCAAUCCGUGACCAUUCUUGCACAGGCUUAUGUCAAGUAUGGCAAGGGCAAGGGUAAAGUUCACCAUUGAAAUCCCUCAUGUACUUUCCUUAAAACCUCACUCCAUUUUCAUGAAAUGAAAAGAAAACUGUUUGAUCAGUGCAAUAGCAUUGAGGCUCUUUAGGUUUUGGAGUUCAUACCCAUAUAAGACAUUUAGUAUAUAUAUAUAUA